UAUGUUGGUUCGAAAUUUUGCGCCAAAACCAAACCAUUUGAGGUUACCGCAAUCAAAUGUGUGAGUUGCAGCCAGUCUUCUUCUUUAUUAUUAUUUAUUCAAACUACUGAAUAUGGCAAAACUUGAGGAGAUCUUCAUUUCGGGCAUUCGCAGCUAUGGCAUUAAUAAGACUGACGCACAAAUAUUAACAUUCUCAUCACCGGUUACUCUUUUUCUGGGACAAAAUGGUUGCGGCAAAACAACAAUAAUUGAAGCUGUUAAACAUGCUCUCACUGGAGAGUUUCCCUUCAGUGGUAAAACUGGUGGGCAAACAUUCGUUGCUGACCCGCAUUUAUAUAAUGUUCAUUCCGUGAAGGGCUGUAUUAAGCUAAAAUUUCGUGAUGUCUACGGCAAACCAGCUAUAAUCUCACGUUCGCUUAAACUUGAAGCAUUGGGUACAAAAUUUAAAUGCACAUCGUUGGAUGCAUCAUAUUCGUAUAUUGACAAAGACAAUACAAAACGCGAGCGUUGCGUGAAAUUGAACGAUUGCAAAGACAUGAUUAGAAUGCUCAUUGGCGUCUCGGAGGCAGUUUUGAGUAAUGUGCUUUUCUGCCAUCAGGAGGAUUCGAUGUGGCCAUUGGGCGAGGAUGGUGCGGUUAAGAAAAAGUUCGAUCAGAUAUUUGAUUCUUCCAAAUAUGAUCAAACGGUAGAUCACUUAACGAAAAGCAUUAAAGCGCGUGCCAUUUCUUUAAAAAAUCUUCAAAAAGAGUUAGUAUUUCUGACUGAGAUGAAAAACACAGCUCUGGAGAAGCGACAAAAACUGAAAGAUAAAAAAGAAUCUUUAGAUUUGUUGAAUAAGGAAACUGCCGAGAUGAGAACACGUUACACUCCACUGAAGGCGAAAUUAGACGACCUGUUAUCUCUCGAAGGUAGUUUGUCUGAAUUGUAUAAAAUGAAAUCGGAAAACGAACAUAAACUUGCGAGCAAUAGAGAUUAUCAAAGAGAUUUAAGAAGUAUUUUGAAAUCGGAAUUUGAAGGCAGCGAUGAACAACUAGAGCAUGAAAUUAUAAAUUUUGAAGCGUGUGUGAAACAGAAACGAGAUGAGUUACAGCGAAUUGAAGCAAAAAUUUCACAGGGUCAGAGUCAAUUGAAGAAAAACGGUAUUGAGGUACAAGACAGAAGGUCUGCUAUGGCUACAGUUCAAGAAAAAAAGGGUUACAAUACUAGGAUAAAUGAGCGAGACGAGAGUGUUAAAUCACUUCUUAUUGAGCUCAAGGCUACUCCUAAAGAAGGUUUCAAAGCAAAUCAUGCUGAAAUUAAAGCUUCUUUAGAAAUGAAAAGGAAGGAAUUUUCUAAUACCGAAUCUGACUUAGAACAGUUUGAGAAUUCAGUCCAACAGGAUCUAGACGCGGCUCAAGUUAAGCUCAUGCAAGAGCGAAGCCGUGAAACGCUCAAACAUCAAGAAAAACAAGCGGCGCUUGACGAAAAACGCAAUAUUGAAGGUCAACUUGAAGAUCUUUCAUCGUCUGAGACAGAGUUCAAAAGUUUCGAAACUAAAAUGAAGCGUUUACAGGAUGAAAUAAACUCCAUUCAAUCAUCCUUCAACGCGGAAAGUGCAGAACGAACCAUAUUCCAGAACAAAAAACAAAUGCGGGUUCUUACCGAUUCUCUGGAAGAUUACAAUCAUGAGAUGCAGAUCUAUUUCCGUAACGCGAUGAUUGAGAAAGAAAUGGAACACCAUCAGGCGGAUAAAACAUCAAAAACCAAAGAAAUUCGUAAUAUCCGAAAUAAAUAUCAUAAACAACUUAGUACUCUUUUUGAUGAUAACGUUGCUAUGGAACAACUAAAAACUGAAAUUGAAAAAAGACGGGAGAACAACACGCGAAUGUUACAGGAGCAACGCAGGGAUUUAAUGGCGAAAGAAAAGAUAUCGAAGUCUUUAAACGCACAGCUAUCUGUCGAAAAGCACACGUUGGAUACCAUUGAACGUGAGUUAGAAAAUGCCCAGCGGGCAAUUGGUAAGUUUUGCACAGUGGAAAAUUUUGAAACGACAAUAAAGGAAGUGGAAGAAAAAAAUUGUAAUCUGCAAAAAGAAAAAGGUCAAUUGGAUGCUUUCAAGAUUAUCUAUAAAGAUUUUGUAAAUAGCUUUGCUGAAAAGAAGUGUUGUCCAGUCUGUGAGACUGAUUUCAGUACGAAGCAUACGAAAGUGAAGCAUUUGACGAAUAAUAUGAAUGAGAAAAUUCAAAGGACUCCCGAGAAGUUAAAUGCCGUAACAGCAAAAUUGGAGGCAAGUGAGAAGUUAUAUAAUGAACUCACACAACUGAAACCGGUAUAUUUGAAACUGACUAAGUUAAAAAGUGACCUGGAGGAGAAACGAGAAUUGCUCAAAACUUCCAAUGAAAAAAAUGUUGAAAUUGAAAAGGAACUGGUCGAUCUGAAAACCAAAAUUGAUGAGACUCAAUACACGUUAGAUAUUUGUACAAAACUCGCCCCUUAUGCAGCCUUAAUUGAUCAGUAUUCUGGCGAUAUUGUAAAAGCCACUGCAAAACUCACAGAGUUAAAUCGUAAACUUGAACCGACUGGUUCGAAUCGCACGAAGGCAGAAACUGAAAUGUUGAUUGAAAGUACCAAGGAAGAGAUGGCUAAGUUAACUGAUGAAAGCGAACGUCUCAACAAGAAGAUUGCCACAAAUCAGAAGCGUCUGUAUGAUUUACGUACGCAGAAAUCUGAUCUGUUAGAAACUCAGUCUAAACUUCAAAGGUUACUCAAUGAUAAGCCGCAACUCAUUCUAAAACAAGUUGAACUUGAGAAAAAAAUUGAAGACCUUACUAAUAUUAUGGAGACAAUUGAAAACGAUUCCUUAGCUGCCUUUGCCGAGGUUGAGGAAGUCAAAUCCAGGUUGACUAGUGUCAAACGUGAACAUGCAAGGACUUUAAACGAAAUGCGCACUAUGCUUCAAAGGCACGAAAGUUCUUAUAAUGAUAUUACCAAAUUAAUGCGAGAGAUACAAUUGCUGGAAAAGCAAAACUUGCAGGGCCGGUGUAAUGAUAUAGAGGAGCAAAUCUCCCAAUUGAAUGUUACGCGCAAUCAAAUUGAAGAAGAAUUGAGUAAUUCGAAUAAGAAGCGUGAAAAUCUCAAGGAAGACCUUCACGACCAAGAUAGUACUGAUAAGUCCUUACAAAACAAUAAAAAAUUACGAGAUUUGAUGAAAGUUGAAGUUAAACUGAUCGAAAAGAUUAAGUCCUACGCUGCUGAAAUAGGAAAUAAGAACUACGGUAAUAUCGAGGCGGAAAAGCAUAAAUUACAAAAGGAAAUUAAUGUUGUAUGUACAGACUUGGCAAAGAUCGAAGGUCAAGUUAAAUCUCUCAAGGAUAACAUUCAGGAGCUCACUAAGGAACUCGAUAAUUGUAAAACUGAUCCAAUCAAGACCUACAGGGACCGAGUGAUUGAAAUAAAGUUGGAGGAGAUGGUUAUUCAGGACAUGCGUCGUCUCACUGAAUGCAUGUCAGCAGCCAUUUGCAAGUAUCACCGCGAACAAUUGCUCUCUUUGAAUUUAAGAUUGCGUGAUAUGUGGCGUUCGAUUUACAAAGGCAAUGACAUUGAUUAUAUUCAGAUUGAGAGCGGAGAGACUCAGUUAACCGCGACUAGGCGUCAGUAUUCGUACUGUUUGGUUCAGAAAAAAGGAGAUGUGAUGAUGCCGAUGCGAGGGAAAUGCAGUGCUGGGCAGAAAGUCCUUGCUUGCCUGUUAGUUCGGAUUGUUCUGGCGGAACAUUUUAGUGUAGAUUGUGGAAUCUUUGCAUUAGAUGAACCAACGACUAACUUGGACCGAGAAAAUAUUCGUAGUUUAAGCCAGGCCAUCGCAAGACUCAUUAAUAGUCGUCGUGGACAGAAGAACUUUCAGUUCUUGAUUAUCACCCACGAUGAAGAGUUUUUGGACGCAUUGAGGGAAGUAGAUGCAGUGAAGGAGUUUUAUCGCGUCUCUAGGAAUUACAAAGGGAAUACCGUGGUUAAAAUGGAGGAGAUUUAAAUGUUGUUGUUUUUACACCUUUUUGUAAUAUAUUACCUAUUUUUCUAUGUAUAUUACUUUUUGAUUGUUUAUAAUCUAAGCGCUGUAUACGGUGACAUUCCUUUAAGAAGGAAAGUAAUUCUGUAAUAUCGUGGUAAGACUGUUGAAUUUGGAAUUAAUGUAUAAUCUAUUUGAAAAUAUCUUUUUAAACAGGUGUCGAAAGACUUUAAAUUAUGAUGAUCGGAAAUAAAAUUGGCGAAGGCGCCUGAAAUUUUAA